GCGGCGCAGAGCGGCGGCGGCGGGCGGGCGGCGAGCAGCGCGCCGCCGGCUCGGCGGGCCGCGGGCAGCGGGCGCUCCGCCCUCGGUGCGCGGGGCCUCCCCUCUCCGCGCCCGCGGAGCGCCGGCGCCCGCCUAUAUCUACGGCCGCGGCGGCCCGCCGCCCGCAAGGAUGUGAGGCGGGCGGGCAGCCCAGCCGCCGCCGCCGCCGCCGCCGCCGUGGCAUGCCCCCCCGCGCCCGGAGCCGUCGGCGCGGCGCCUAGCCGCGGCUCCGCGGGGCGAUGCUGCCCUGGAAGCGGAGCAAGGUGGAGCUGGUGGCGGGCGAGGCGCGGCGGCAGAGCAAGCCCAAGGGGUACGCGGUGAGCGUGCACUACUCGGCGCUCACCUCGCUGGCCCGCGCCUGCCCCGAGAGCGCCCUGCACCGCGUGGGCAGCAUGUUCCGCUCCAAGCGGCGGAAAUUCCGCGUGACCAGCGAGGACCCCACGUACACCGUGCUCUACCUGGGCAACGCCACCACCAUCCAGUCCAAGGGCGAGGGCUGCACCGACCUGGCCGUCUGCAAGAUCUGGAGCAAGAGCGAGGCGGGCCGGCAGGGCACCAAGAUGAAACUGACCAUCAGCGCGCAGGGCAUCCGCAUGGCCCACGCCGAGGACAAGGGGCUGCGCCGGCCCGGCCACCUCUACCUGCUGCACCGGGUCACCUACUGCGUGGCCGACCCGCGCCUGCCGCGCGUCUUCGCCUGGAUCUACCGCCACGAGCUGAAGCACAAGGCGGUGAUGCUGCGCUGCCACGCCGUGCUGGUCUCCAAGCCCGAGAAGGCGAAGGCCAUGGCCCUGCUGCUCUACCAGACCUCGGCCACGGCGCUGGCCGAGUUCCGCCGCCUGAAGAAGCGGGACGACGCGCGGCACCAGCAGCAGCAGCUGGUGGGCGAGCAGAGCAUCCCGCUGGUGCCGCUGCGCAAGCUGCUCAACGGGCAGUGCUGCUACAAGCCGCCGGUGGAGCGGAGCCGCAGCGCGCCCAAGCUGGGCUCCAUCACGGAGGACCUGCUGGGCGAGGAGCAGGAGGAGCGGGCCAUGCACUGCGACUGCGAGGACAUCCUGGAGGCGCUGGGCGAGCCCGAGGGCGAGCUGCUGCGCGCCGGCGCCGGCCGCGGCGAGGGCGCGGAGCUGGGCCAGCUCCUCCGCGACCUGGGCGAGCUCAGCCUGGGCAACGACCUGCGCUCGCUGCGCGCCGACCUCCGCGUCCGCCGGCUGCUCUCCGGCGAGAGCACGGGCAGCGAGUCCUCCCUGGAGAGCAACGGCCCGGACGGCGCCGCCCCGCCCUGCAACGGCGCCGAGCAGCCGCCCCCCGGCGACCCCGAGACCGGCUGAGCGCUCGGCCGCGCCGGGGCUGCGCGGUCCCUUCCGGGCGUGCGCGGCGCCGCCGGGGCGCACCGGGGCCCCCCCCCGGGCGCCCUGGUUCCCUGCGGCGCCCCCGCGAGCCGCGGCAUCCCGGGGAGCGGCCGCCGCGCCCCCCCCCGCCCGGUGCCGGUGGCUGCCGGAGCCGGGCCCCAGCCCGCCGCGGCCCGAGCUGGGGAGGCGGCCGCGGGCUGUUUACCUCCGGCUCAGCCCUUGAAGAUCUGCCAAAUUCCUGGAAUAGCUUUCCCCGGGGAGGGCGGCGGGAGGGAGGUGUUGCGCCUUGUUUACAGUCAGAAAUCUCACAUCCGAGAGGGCCCCCCCCCGCCGGUUUCUCCAUUAAAGUCACUCCAUCGUGCUGUCGUGUCCGAGAGGUUUGCACUGUUGUGAAUUUUUUUUUAAUUAUUAUUAUUUUUAAGUUAGACCCUUUUUUUGGGCCCCGGUCCUGUCCCCGGUCUCAAUGCUCUAGAUCUUUUGCUGUGCAAAAGAAGACUCUACUUGUGGCUGUUCACCUGUACAUAGGGAAAUGUAUGCAAAUACAUUUUGUUAUUUUUAAGAACACCACCAUUGCGAUCUCCUCUGUUUGCACAUACGUGAAGAAAAUAAAGAUGACAGUAAUUUAAAA